AUGACAGCACUGAGAUUCGAAUGGAAGUAAGGUAGCUCCCUCGUGAGCUUUCUGGGCAGGCACAGCAAGUACAAAGGGCCUGUGGCAGCCUCAUCUGACACAUUGAGGGAACCUAGCCAGGGCCUAGCCAGCAGAGGUGAGGGAGGUAAGCAGCGCCAGGGGAAGCCCUUCGUUUGGCUCUUUGUUGUAAAGGCAGUGGGGGCGGGAAGGCACACAGUAGGGGUGCGGGCAGGACUUGCGUGUCUGGGAGGUGAGGCGCCGGAAGUCACUGAGCCAGGGUGGGACAUAGAGGCACCCGGAUGCUCAGGCAUGAGAUGCUAUCCAUUAGCCGCCCCAGGAGCAGGUGGUGAGGCAGGGGGCCACGGGGCCAGAGCUCCGGCCAGGCCGGAAGUGGCGAAAGGAGUGUGCAAUUGGCACAGUGCAAGGGGCCUGGCGUGCCGCUCCACAGGCUUUGGACAGACUGCGGCAGGCGGGGAGAGUCUGGGAGCUGGGUCCUGCUCCAACACGCUCGUUCCUGGGUGCACACGGGAGCCAGGCCGCAGGGCUGGCUCUUUGAUGCCUCUUUCCCGUGGCCGAGGUGCAGCAGCCCAGUACUCUGUGUCCCGCCGGCCGCGUUCACUCCUGGCCAGGAUGGCAUCCUGUCUAGCCCUGCGCAUGGCCCUGCUGCUCGUCUCCGGGAUCCUGGCCCCUGCGGUGCUCACAGCCGACGGCCCGCAGGAGCCCGACCCCACCCUGUGGAACGAGCCGGCCGAGCUGCCGUCGGGAGAAGGCGCCGCGGACAGCACUAGCCCCGGCCAGGAGCCCGUGCCCAGCGGCCCGCCAGCCCCCACGUCGGCGCCGGGCCCCGAGGACAGCACGGCGCAGGAGCGCGCUGGGGCCGGGCGCCAUCGCGGCCAUCGUCAUCGCUGCCCUGCUGGCCACCUGCGUGGUGCUGGCGCUCGUGGUCGUCGCGCUGCGAAAGUUUUCCGCCUCGUGAAUCAAAUAAAGGAGCCGCGCAGGCUGGCGCGCCACUCUGCGGCACCCA